AUGCUCGCGGGACCGGACAAGGCCGGCGCGGGCAGUACGUUCGCGGCCCCCGGCAAGAUCGGCACAGACGUCAUGCCCGAGCCCGACAUGCCCGCCACCGACGGCAUGCCCGACACCAACGACAUGCCCGAGCCCCUCGCCAUGCCUGACUCCGCCAUCCCGUUCAUGCCCGACAAACCCGACUCGACCUUCCCGUUCACGGCCCCCAGUAGCCCCAGCAAGGACGACACCCGCGCGGCCUCCGACAUGCCCUGCAACGACGCAAUACCGGCAGCCCCUGACAUGCCCUACACGGUCGGCAUGCUCGCGGACCCCGACAAGCUCGGCGAGGCCAACCCUUCCGCGGUCCCCGACACGCUUGGCACGGACGGCAUUCUUGGCAAGGAAGCCACGAUCGAGUCCCCCGAGAUGCCCGGUACCAACGCCAUACCGGCGACUCCGCUCACGAUCACCGACCAUGCCCGACCUGGACUGCGUGCUGAUCCCAACUUGGACAGUACGCUUGCGGUCCGGGCCAAACCCGAUACGGACUGCACGCUCGCGGCGGUCGACAACAUUGGCAUGGGCGGCGCGCGUGCGCCUCACUAG